AUGUUUAUUACAAGUGACUAUCAUGGUAGUAAAUGGCAAUUUCCAAAGUUACCAUUUCUUUUAUAUAUUUAAAAUUAGACCCUAAAUCAAAGCGAUUGCACACAUUCAAAAAGCAAGCCGUUCUGAAAAAAAGAUAAAGAAAGCAAGGAAAGUAGGGCCAGUAUUUUCCUUCACCCUGACCCUUGGCUUUCCUCGGGCCCGCGCCCAUUCUUUUUCCUUUUUCUUGUCUUCACCUCACCUCAGUUCACGUGACAACUCCUUCCCCACCCUGCUUCCCUCACCACGAUACCGAAUUGAGGUCUUCCUCUCCCUCUCCCUCUCCACUCCAAGACUCCAAGGACCUAGGCAACCACGCAAGGCAAACAUAGAUAGCGCUCAACAAUUCAGAUUCAGAUCCCUACCUUUGACCCUUUGAUGACCUCUAUCACUUGCAAAGUCUCCCAUCUUCCUUCAUGCCUCCACCACCAUCAAUCUCCUCUGUAUUAACCGCCAUCCUCUUCAUCUCUCUUCAUCAGCUGGUCGCUGAAGCUACUGUAACUCAUCACUCAUGUUCCUCUCAUCCAGAAACCUUCUCUAGAUCCCCAUGUCCACCCUUCACUUCUACUCCCCCUUUCCCCUUCUCUCUCUCACCGGGCUGUGGCCACCCCUCUUUCCACAUCAAAUGCUCCACUCCUUACUCUACUAUCUCCAUUAACAACUUCUCUUUUGCUUUACUCAGAUAUGAACCCAACUCCACUUCCCUCACUCUCUCCCCCCAACCCCCAACAAAGCCCCGUUCCAAUUGCUCUUCUUUCCAUUUCCUUUCCAUUUCCACUCACUCCAUCGAUCUUUCAGGUUCCCCAUUUCGAAUCUCCGACGGUUCUUGUUCAAGACUAUCCGUUCUCCACUCUUGUUCCCCUCCAAAUCUCCCAAACUGUAGCCAAUGCCCCUGGGAAUGCGGGCUCAUAAAAAACCCAGUCAAACUCCUCCAUGGCUGCGGAUCCACCCGCCCUCUUCCGGGACAAGGCUGCCAACCUGAUGUCUUGGGUUACCUUGAAAAUUUCUUGUUCACAAUGGGUUUUCAAGUAGAAUGGGACGAAGCACAAGACUCUUACUUUUCAAGCUGCAAAAACUGUAUAUCAAAGAAUGGUAUUUGCGGCUUCAAUUCCUCAGACCCCAACAAACAAUUCCUUUGUUUCCAAUCCAAAACCACCAUUUCCCCACCUUGGAUUCACGUAGAUCACCCUCACAGAAUCGCAAUCUUAUCCUCUGUCUUCACUUUGACAUGCAUUUUCGUUAUUAUUUCAGUAAUAAUAGCUAUUUUUCGAUCCAAUAAACUCAAAUCUCAAUCCAUAGAAGACCCAACAACUUUAUUCCUCCGCCUUCACCGUUCCGCUAGUCUCCUCCCGCCCGUUUUCACCUACGAAGAACUCGAAUCUUCAACCAACAAAUUCGACACAAAACGCAAAAUCGGCGACGGUGGCUUCGGGUCCGUCUACUUAGGCCAACUCUACGACAAUCGAAUCGUAGCCGUUAAAUACCUCCACAAAAACAACCAGUCAGGCAAAGCCUUAUCAUCCAAAUUUUUCUGUAACGAAAUCUUAAUACUUUCUUCUAUUAACCACCCGAAUCUCGUUAAACUUCACGGGUAUUGCAGCGACCCUAGAGGGUUACUUUUGGUUUACGAUUAUGUACCAAAUGGAACCCUAGCUGACCACCUUCACGGCCGUUCAAAAACCUCGCUGACGUGGCAAGUGAGGCUUGAAAUCGCUUUGCAAACUGCUCUAGCUAUGGAGUAUUUGCAUUUCUCCGUCGUGACGCCGAUUGUUCAUCGCGAUAUUACGUCAUCAAACAUUUUUGUGGAAAAAGAUAUGAGAAUUAAAGUUGGGGAUUUUGGGCUUUCCAGGCUUUUGGCUUUCCCUGAAAAUUCGUCUUCCGAGUCGGAUUUUGUUUGGACUGGGCCUCAGGGGACGCCCGGGUAUUUGGAUCCGGAUUAUCACCGGUCGUUCCGGUUAACAGAAAAGAGCGACGUUUACAGCUUCGGAGUCGUUCUAUUGGAGUUGAUUUCCGGGUUAAAAGCGGUGGAUCAAAGGAGGGAAAAGAGGGAAAUGGCGUUGGCUGAUUUGGCUGUUUCGAAGAUCCAGAUGGGAUUGUUGCAUCAGCUGGUGGACCCCGUUCUGGUGCAUGAUGGGGAAGCGAUGGACGGUGUUGAUGCGGUGGCGGAACUGGCGUUCCGGUGCGUGGCGGCUGAUAAGGAUGAUAGACCGGAUGCGAGGGAGAUUGUGGAGGAACUGAAACGGAUCAGGAGCCGUACACGUGUGCUUAGAGUGUCGUAUUCGAAUGGGAGUAAUACUGACGUGUCAAAGGGUUGAUUUGGAGUUGACGUGACGUGGGGGGGGUUAGGUAGGGGUCCACGUCCACAUGUGGGGAAUUUGACCUGAUCAUGUGUCAGAGGUGUUUCUUUUUCAUAUUUACUGUGGUUUUACACGUUCUUUUCCGCGCCUGUAGCUACUUUGUUUGUUCAAGUCUUAAGUAGUAAAUUUUGGGAAUGUACAGUGGAGUGGUUGGGGGGGAAUUUAAUUUUGAGACCCCACGAGAUUGUAAUCAAUGUAAGCAUACAUGGAACAAGUCAAGUAGCAGUAAUAAUAAGCUUUGUGCAAUGCUACGUCCCAACUAAAAUUCCAAAGCUAAUAGUGGCGUGAAUCAUUCUGAUUUUGGUAGGAUAA